GACGUUCCAAAUAGAAUACGGAUGGCAUGCCUAAACAAUCUUCAAUCUCCGGGUAAAUUUCAAAAGCAAAAUCCUGCACACCAAAAAUGAUAGUGUUCCAAAUUUUUUCUAAACCUUUUGUUCUGUUUGCAAAAAGAAGAAACCCCCAAUUUGAGAGAGGCGCGAGCAAGCCAGGGCGCUACAGAAUUGAAAAUUCCUCACGUCAGGGAAGAAGAAGAAGAACCUCGCUCUUCAGUCUGGAAUUGGAUUGAAGACCCUCCUUCGUGCUUGGAGACAACCUUUUUGUUCGAUAGGGACUGGGUAGUGUUCUUUUCGCGCUCUGUUUUUUGUUUUUCCUUUAUUGUGCUCUCUGAUUAUAUGUCAAGAGAGAGGGAAAGAAAAAAGUCGGGGGUGCUAACAAUCACUUCUCAUCUCUCAUUCAUUAUUAAGCCGUAGAAAGUUCUAUGUUGCCUCAAAUUUUGGGUGUUCUAAAACGAAACUCGGAAAAUCCUUUACUAUUGAACCCUUCUUGGUACCCUUGCGGGAUGCUGUUCGUUUGUUGAAGCUGCGGAACUAUGGGUAUUAACUUGAGCAUGGAGUAACACGCACUGGUUUGGACGUCAGAAUGAAUCAUGGUACCAGUUUUGAUGAGCUCGACCAUCUCUCGUUGGUGCAGAGACAGAAAAUGUUGUUGGAAAAUAAGCAUCCUUUACUGGAAGAUGGGAGUAAAAUAAUAUCACCGCUUUGCAACGAUUUUAUUGUCAAGGAAGAAGAUGAAUGCUGUGAUGUGCAGGGAGUUUCCUCUAUGAUAUCUACACGUGAUGAUGGAAAUCUGGGAGGUCAACAACUGGAGACACAAAUGAAAGAUACUAGUGGUCAUCUUGAGGACAGCUACACUGAGGAGGCUCGAUUAAAUACAGAGAAGCAGAUAUCAUGCACUAUGGAAUUUGAGAAUCCAACACCACCUGAGGUUCCUGAUUGGGUAAGGGUGGAAUCUACAGGCAUCUUAUCAGGUACCUUGGAAGAUGGUGUUGAUAACUUUACUUCUGCUGGUGUGGCAGUAACUAAGGUUAAAAAUGAGAUGUUCGACGACUUCAAUGAAGAUCUUGAUCAUGUUGUAUUUAUUGAGCGUCUGAGGAUGCUGCUAUCAAGGAAAGCAUUGGGUUCCAUGAAUCAACAUGUGGAGGGUGGUUCUGGUGCGUCAUCAGGAGAUCCUAUGCAAUGCUUCUUGAAACAGAAGGGAAAGUCUAUGUUUUCUAAUGUAGAACUGACGGGAACUAGAAAUGUGUUGCAUGAUCAAAAUGGAUGUGAUGCUCCUCAUCUUGGCAGCCCUUCAGUAGUUUGUUCACCUAUUGCAACCAUUUCUGGAUCCAAUUUCUCAAGCAAUCGUUCUUUGAAUAAAUUAACUGAAUCAGGCAAUGAUAUGGAACUUAAAGAAGAUGAUAGGAUCUGCUUGUCCGAGAAGGUGACCACAGAAUUAGGUUCACGACUUUUGACUAAUCAUGCCCCUGAAGCAAAUUUAUUUUAUUCCACAAAAGUGAAGGAUGAACCCUAUGAUCAUGUUGACGGCUGCAACUUACAUGGUAAGGAUAUGAAUAAUGUCUGCAGCAGAAUUCUGUCGGUAAAGAGUGAAACAACCAUGCCUGAUGAACCUUAUGAAAACAAGGUAGAUGAUAUGCGACUGCAAGAUCGAAUGAAGUUCUUCUCAUCUCGAAAGGUUUUUGGUUCUACAUCUAGAGAUUACGAGCAUCCAAAACCUUCUGACCCCGGAUGUAGUUCUCUUGUUUCAGAACCUGCUAGUUUAAUGAACGUUAAACGUCGACGCAAAUGGAAAAGGACUGCCACGAAUUCAAUUGAAACAGCACUCGAGGAAGAUGCUCCUGGCCUUCUCCAGUUUCAUUGGCAGAUCCUAGUUGACAAAGGUGUUCUAGUUGAUGAAAUUAAGCUUUAUGGAGAGAUGGAAAGUGAUGAUGAUUUGGAUGAGUCCUUUAGUGAAGAAAGCUUUGGUGAGCUUGAAGCUGUGAUAUCGAGGCUUUUUUCUCAACGCGAUUCCUUUCUGAAGUUUCCUCCUAUAAGAUGCACAAAAGCUUCAAGAUCAAGCUAUUGCUUAGCUUGUCUAGUUUCACUUAUUGAGCAGACAAGAUAUCUUCAUUUCCGAAGUUGGCCUGUCGAAUGGGGGUGGUGCCGUGAUCUCCAGUCUUUUAUAUUUGUUUUUGAAAGACAUAAAAGAAUAGUGCUAGAACGUCCCGAGUAUGGGUAUGCUACGUAUUUCUUUGAGCUUGUGAAUUUCUUACCCAUCAAGUGGCAGAUAAAGCGGUUGGUGAUUGCUUUGAAGCUGACUAAUUGUAGCAGAAUUUCACUACUUGAGAACAGACCAUUAUUGGUUGGGGAAGACUUGACCGAAGGUGAAGCGGGGGUUUUAUCGAGCUAUGGAUGGCUGCCAAAUAGUGGCUUGGGUUCAAUGCUGAACUACUGUGACAGAGUCGUCCACGACCGAAAUCACGAGGACAUCUCGGAAUGGAGAUCAAAAAUAGGGAAGCUACUGGUUGACGGUUAUAAUGGCGGGGCUCUAGUUCAAGAAAAUAUUCCAAAGCAGGUUGCAGAGUACAGAAGUUCCCAAACCACACAACUUAAGCUGGAACUCUGAUUGCUGUUAGUUUCUCAUAGUUUACUGUUUUAAUACAAUUUGUAUAAUUUAUUUGCUGUCAAAGUUUAGUAUAAUUUCAAGCUGUUCAAGCUUAUUGUUCAUUAAUAUGAAGUAGAGAAUAUUUGGCUCUCAUUUGUACAUGCAUAAAGGACUUCGACUAUAUUGUUGGAAGUGACUAUUCUUUUAUGUUAUUUUAUUUAUAAAUGCCCAUUCUAA